AUCAUACAUUGAGCGAAUUUCACCACAUUCGUGUCAUUCUUGUGCCCUCAUACUGUACUCGAGUUCGGACGUGAUUUGGUUUUUGUUAGCUAGCAAACUUGUUUCAAGUUCAUUUCGUUGGGAAAAUUUAGGCCUGUUAAAAGUGUUUUUGAUUCUGCUGCGGUAGUUGGAGACAUCAAACCUAUCGGUUUAUUGAUAAAAAAAAGGUUGAAAAGUUUCAGUUCUUAUAAGAGUCAUUUAUUUUCUUCCGCCGAGAAAUUCGCUCAAAGCAUCGUUUAUUUCACAGUUCAGCAGAGUAGCAGCAAAAGCUUCGAUCGGUCCCAAAACAAUGAACAACUGUCACAUUCUGGUCGACGUCGACUGCAGUCGCUACGAGGACGAUGCGUUUUCCCUGCUGGACAAGUCGGCCGAUAUCAACGUGGUCAAGGACCUGCAGUCCUCCACGGUCGCCACUUUCGAUCAAACAAGCUUCCCGCAUCUGAACAGCUCAUCGCGAACUCAGCUCAAGCAGCAACUGUUUCGUGAACAGCUCAAGAGUUAUGAGAAAAGUCCAUCACCGCUUCCAAUGUCGUCGGUGUUCUCGGUUCAACUUCCGCUCGAGAACAUGGAUAUUGAGUUGCCGAAGAAGGUGCUGCAGGUGGAGACUCGCUUGGAAAAUCCAACCCGUUAUCACGUGAUCCAGAAGCAGAAGACUCAGGUUCGCGAGUACGUCACGGCGGCACUGAAACUUACCAAGCAGACUGUUCUACGCGAGGCGAGCCACUCGCGAUUGAUGAUUCUUUCCAAGCUGUACGACUCAUUCAUCAACUCCAAACCGGCAAACGGUGGAACCCCCAAUCGUCCGACAACUCCGUCGGCCACCGUUGUUUCGGCUUCGGCCGUCGAACAGCAGCAGGAGUGGCGCUUGGAGAUGAAACUGGCGAAUCGAUUCGGCAACAAGGUCUACCAGACGUUCAUCGACGAGUUCGACUACAUUCGUGAUCUGCUGUGUCAGAUCCGGUUCGAAAUUCCGAAAUGGGUUUUCGUGGUUACGGAGUUCGAGAGCGAAAUUUCAUCCUACCAAAACACCAAGGUAGCGUCCGGUGUGGAAGAGAUGCUACUGAAGCAAACCCUGAGCACCGACAAAAACUCCAAGCACGAGAAAUUCAUCGAACCGGAAGUGCGCGAUCGUAUCAAGAAGGACAAUCACAACUGUAGUAUGUAUUUGGGUUUUGGGUGGGCCAUCGGCUGAGGGUCGAAUGAUUCUCCGGUCAAAGUGGUGUUGUGAACACUGAUGUAAACGUAACAGGAAUGGGUUGUAAGCUAGCUCAAUCCCAAUCGGAGUUGCACAUCGAAAGAUUUCUAUUCUAUGGGUCUUUUCUUAGUCGAUAGUUAUUCUGUGAUCAUUGCUUUUUGUUUUGUGAGUUGUUUCUUCCCAGUUUCUAGUUUCUCUUUGACAGCUAGGUUUGUUACGUUCCAUGACAUGGCAACGGCGGAUCAGCGAAGGCACAGGAUGAGGGACUGCCGGACAGGUUUCGUGCUCUACACAUCGGUGCAUAGCACAUAAGCAGGAGAUGACAAUAUCGAAACAGUAUUACAUUAUACAAUUGUGAAUUUUAAUUUUACAAUUAAGUUUUAUUAAAUAAUUUAUAACGAACUCAA